GUGCCAAGUUUGUUUUUGAUUACCGCUGUGAGAGGUGAUAAUACAGAUACGAGAUCGAAAAUGUCGCUGCUUCCAUCUUGCCCGUAUCACGACAGAGCCGGCAGUAUGGUGGAUCGUGAAUUCUUUCAACCGUUAAACCAGUUGGUUCCUCAAGAUUAUUUCAAGCCUUUCGGUAACGUGUUUCGACCUUUACAUAGAAUGUUAAAAGAAAUGGAUCUUCUCGCGUCAUCAAUGAACCGGCUAGCUGUGAACGAGGGAGCAAAUAUAACGUCCGACGGGGAAAAGUUCCAGGUCAACGUGGAUGUUCAACACUUCGCGCCGGAUGAAAUAAAUGUGAAAGUGGUUGAUGGUUUUGUAACAAUAGAAUGCAAACACGAAGAGAGACGAGAUGAACAUGGAUACGUCUCUAGACAGUUUGUGAGACGUUACGCGCUGCCUCAGGGCUGUUUACCAGACACUGUGAUGUCUCGUCUUUCAUCAGAUGGCGUCCUGACGGUGACCGCUCCCAAAGUACUCCCGAUGCCCUCAUCCGGCGAACGAAUUGUGCCAAUACAACAAACAGGACCCGUCAAGAAGAUCAUGAGUAACGAAUAGAAAUGUUCUAUUGGUUUCUGUGUUUCAAAAUAAUUUAAGACUGAACUAUUAUCUGUGUAAUAAAUAUAUUUUAAGUUUGUAAAUAUAUAUUAUUAAGUUGCA